GUUACCGUCUCAUUCGUUCUCACUUGUUUGAUAGUUGAUACUAAUAAUAGUGUAGGGGAAGCGCGUGGUUUUGGAUUCGAAUUUUUAUUGACUUUUUAGCCUAAAAAUGGCCAAGGUGCAGGUGAAAAUUCCAACAUUCAAAUUGAAAAGCGGUGAAGAAAUACCAGCAGUUGGUUUUGGGACUUGGCUCGGCUUAGACGAGAAACUGGAAUUCAAAAUAAAAGAUGCACCUAAAAUGUUGGAAGCGGUAAUGUACGCUAUCGAUGUCGGCUAUCGACACAUCGACACGGCACAUCUCUAUCGGGUUGAACCAGAAGUGGGAUACGCUGUGAGAAAAAAGAUAGAAGAGGGUGUUGUUAAAAGGGAAGAUCUUUUUAUAACAACAAAGGUAUGGCAACACAACCACAGACCAGAAGAUGUUGAAGCGUCAGUGCGCGCGUCCUUGAAACGGAUGGGAUUGCAAUAUCUCGACCAAGUGCUCAUCCAUUGGCCUAUGGCGAUAUCUGAAGAAGGCGUCGACGAGAAAAUAGAUUAUCUGGAGACGUAUCGCGGCUUAGAGGCUGUUCUGAAGAAGGGCUUGACAAGAUACAUCGGGGUCUCCAACUUUAACCUUGAUCAGAUGAAACGCUUGCUUGCCAACUGUUCUGUUAAACCAACUUCGAACCAGAUACAAGUCAACCUCAAUCUUCUAGAAGAUGACUUGGUGAAGUAUUGUCAAGAGAAUGAUGUUCUUGUCGUCUCAUACACAUCGUUUGGUUCCAUGAUAUCUUCUAGAACGUCGCCCGGCACACCAGAACCUAGAUGGGACAGCCCUAUUAUGCACGAAAUGUCAAAAAAGUAUGGGAAAACGGCUUCACAAAUUGCCUUGAGAUUUUUGUAUCAGCGUGGUAUCGCAACAAUACCAAAAUCACUGACGCCGAGUCGUAUAAUUGAGAACGCUUCAAUAUUCGAUUUUAAUAUAGAUGAAGCCGAUAUUGCUACUCUCGAAAAGUUCAACUGUGGCUACAGAACUGAAUGCCCUGUUUUCUUCCAAAACUACACACAUUAUCCGUUUGAUAAAGUUGAAAAUAUCAACAUCAACGAAGUGCCUAUCUCGUUGCGGAAAUGGAAAAAUGGCGCUAAUUUAGAUAUUGAAUAAACAUAACAUAUUCAACUGAUGAAACAGAAGAAAACAGAGCGGUAUCAAGAAGCCGUUAAAACAGGGAAGUAACACUGUACGUUACUAUAUAAGUGAAUGAAAUUACUGUUUCAAAUUUAUUAUUUAUUAUUGUAUUAAGCAAGCUGUUAUUAAAGUGUCUAUUAUCAUA